CCCCCUUUCCAGCUCCUCCUCCGCCGCCGCCACCGCCAGCCCCUUGUGUGGGACUCCAUUUUCCCAGUCCCAAAGUCUCAAAGGAAAGGGCCGUGGGAGCGCGCCUCCAAGAUGGAAUAGGGGCUCCCAGCGCCGCCGGAUCUGCAAAAAUUAAGGAUAUCCCCGUCCUUUUGUGUGUGUGUGUUUGUGUGUUGUUGGGGAAGGAGGAGGAGGAGGAGGAGGGAAGGAAGAGACGCACGCACACGCAUACAGAGAGAGUUCAGCUGGUGGUCUUGCUGAGAAUGGAUGAUCAAGGGAGGCUGAUCCAAGCUCGGGGUGCUGUGGGGCUCCCGGGCCACCCUCCCGUCCAAGGGGUGCAGACGAUGACCCCUCACUCUCUCCACGAGCCCCCCUCGGACAACGGGGAGCCCCGGAAGCAAGACAUCGGCGACAUCCUCCAGCAGAUCAUGACCAUCACCGACCAAAGCUUGGACGAAGCGCAGGCAAAGAAACACGCGCUGAAUUGUCACCGCAUGAAGCCGGCCCUGUUCACGGUUCUCUGUGAAAUCAAAGAAAAAACAGGACUCAGCAUCCGAAGUUCCCAGGAAGAGGAGCCUGUGGACCCCCAGCUGAUGCGCCUGGACAACAUGCUGCUGGCCGAGGGGGUGGCUGGACCCGAGAAAGGGGGUGGCUCGGCAGCUGCCGCGGCAGCCGCAGCAGCGGCAGGGGGGGUGUCCCCCGAUAACUCCAUCGAACACUCCGAUUACCGCAACAAGCUUUCGCAGAUCCGCCAGAUCUACCACUCCGAGUUGGAGAAGUACGAACAGGCCUGCAACGAGUUUACAACACACGUGAUGAACCUGCUGAGGGAGCAGAGCCGCACCCGCCCCGUCUCGCCCAAGGAGAUUGAGCGCAUGGUCAGCAUCAUCCACCGGAAAUUCAGUUCCAUUCAGAUGCAGCUGAAGCAGAGCACGUGCGAGGCUGUCAUGAUCCUGCGCUCCCGCUUCCUGGAUGCCAGGCGGAAGCGACGCAAUUUCAGCAAACAGGCCACCGAGGUGCUCAAUGAAUAUUUCUACUCACACCUGAGCAACCCGUACCCCAGCGAAGAAGCCAAGGAGGAGCUUGCCAAGAAAUGUGGCAUCACCGUCUCACAGGUCUCAAACUGGUUCGGGAACAAGCGCAUCCGCUAUAAGAAGAACAUCGGCAAGUUCCAAGAGGAAGCCAAUAUUUACGCCGUGAAAACGGCGGUCAGCGCCGCACAGAGUGGGGGCGACUCCCCCAACACCCCCUCCUCCGCGGGUAACUCCCCUCCCCCACAAACAAAAACUCCACUACACCCCAUGUUGGUGCAGGAGUCCUCGCAGGGAUUGGAGACACAGGCAGAACUCCAGCCUCCAGCCAGAUCCCUCCGCUCCCACAGAGCCCUAUCCUGUUCCUUACAGACAGUGCCCCUUACUGGGUGCAGAAGGAGUAGGCGCCUCCCUUCCCUUCCCCACUCCCCCCAACCACCAAAGUUUGCGUCCCCUUUUUGGCCUUGGAAUAGCCAUGGUUUUCCUUCUGUAAAUAGAUUCGUCUGGCUUGCUCUCUCCAGCUAGUCCUCUUUGCACUGUUGUUGCUAAUCUUUCAUUUGUUAUAGAGGAGGACCUGUGUUUUCCCACCUCAUUCACCCUACUACUGUCUUCCCCCCCACCUCCAAAAACCCUUCUUCUGUU